UCUCUAGUAGCAGUAGCUUACUGGAAGCUGUCAGUGAAGUCAGUGAAGGGAGUCCAAAUUGGAGAAAUCGGAGAGUAUUCACAACAUUCAUUUUAUUUAUUUUGUUUUCUAGACGUUACAGAGGGGCACACAUAAGGAUUAGGAAAUAUAUAAUUUCUACGUUAAACCAGUCAUCAUUUUCUAGCUGUUUAAAUCAGCUGUAUGUUAUUCCCCUAGCCAGAUCUAAUUAAACCAGCAAUGGCGUUGAAAAGAAUCCAGAAGGAGCUGACAGACCUGCAAAGGGAUCCUCCCGCCCAGUGCUCAGCAGGACCAGUUGGCGAAGACCUUUUUCACUGGCAGGCGACGAUAAUGGGGCCGAAUGACAGCCCAUACCAGGGUGGAGUCUUCUUCCUCACAAUUCACUUCCCCACAGACUACCCCUUUAAGCCUCCUAAGGUUGCUUUCACAACAAAAAUCUACCACCCAAACAUAAACAGCAAUGGGAGCAUUUGUCUGGAUAUUUUAAGAUCACAGUGGUCACCAGCGCUCACUGUAUCCAAAGUUCUGUUGUCCAUCUGCUCUCUGCUGUGUGACCCCAAUCCUGAUGACCCUCUGGUACCGGAGAUCGCACAUACUUACAAAGCAGACAGGGAAAAGUACAACAGACUAGCAAGGGAAUGGACUCAAAAGUAUGCCAUGUGAGAGCCUACAGAACACAUCCGAAGAACCGCUAAAAAAGGAAGCAAGCAAAGGAACACAGAAAAAAAGAUAUGUUUUAACAUUUUUAACAUAAGGAGUCGGAACCGGACAGGGGGACAAAAAAUUAAAUGACACACCCUUUUGAAAUGACAAAAAAGGGAGGAAAAAACCGCGCAAGCUCCAGGCGUGGACUGAGGGACACCUGUGUGAACUGGCUGCAAUGAGCCUCUCUCCGGCCGCUCCAGAGGCCCCUUCUCUCAGCCUGGGCCUGAACCAGCUGAGCCAAGCCUGGUAACGCAGGCCACCACCACCACCGCCACCACAAACCCAGGAAAAAUCACACUAGACUUUUACUACUAUUAGUGCUACUACUGUUAUUGUGAUCCAUACAUUAUGAUUAUUAUUAUGAUUAUUAUUAUUAUUAUUAUCAGUGUUACUCCUCAUAAAACUGUUUGAUUAUGCUUAUGAUCACCGUUUGUUGUUGUCGUCACCAUGGCUGGUGUAUGAAUCAUUUUUCUGAAUGUUCCGUUGAAAUUGGACAAGGGAGCUACUUGGUUGCUCGGCCCAUUCUCCUCUUCAGAACGAGCACAUAGGGGGGGUUUCUGCUCCGCAGUCGUGCUUUGUGUUAAUGGAUAUUUUUGUUUAUUCUGCUGUACUAUUUGAUUGGAUUGGAGCUCCCUUAGUGAAAUGAGGCUUGUCUACAGUGGCCACUAGCGUCAUUUCACUCUCGGCAGACAUUUGUUUUAAAGCUUGAGAGAGGCUGGUAUCAUGGUUGACCUCACAACUUGAAGUACAGAACUUACUGUAAUGGUGACAUGUUUAAUCUAUCAUGUUAAUAACUUUAGAAUGUUGUCAAAUAAGAUCUUCUGGUGCUUCAACAAUACCUGCAAUUUUUUUUACUGUAAUAUUACCACAUCGGGAUAGAUGUUAAGGCUCCUGAUGAACCUCCUUUAUCAUCCAGAAUGUAACUCAAUUGCCCUGCCUCUGUUCAUACAUAAUGGCUUCUACAAGGCCAAAGUCAGACACUAGGAAGGGAUUGUGGGAGUUGGGAUCCCUUCUCAUGUGCAGCACAUCACUUGGAACAUGAACUAACAAAUACUCUGAUUAACUCGGCUAUCUAUGGUAUGGAUGUGCAUAGUGUUGUCCAACUGCGGGCGUCUCCCCUGAAUUUGUAGGCAGAGGCUAAGAUGGGUCCUGCACCAGUGUCCCCCCUCCAACCUCCUGUCCUCCUUGGCCCAGAUCAGAUCAUGUUUUAUUGUGCAACCUUAUGACGUGAAUGUUCAUAGCUGACUGUGGAUCUUUGGAAAGGGAAACCCUUUGGCCGCUCAGUUGUGAGAUGGAAAGAAACUUUGGUUAUGAUUGCAAACAGUUCCGUUUGUGAGCAAGCCCUAGACUUUUCCCAAAGGUAUUAACCUCAGUAUUGACUUAAAUCAACAUUGGUGUAUUUUUUGUUAUUUUAAUGAAUGUGUUAGUUGUUUUUUCUUUUUUGUUUUUUUUUAUCUCCCAUCGAUGCACCUGUGAAUUUACACUGGUGGUUUACCUGUGCGGUUCCUAAAUAUGGAGUUUCCAUCGUGAUUUUUUACACAAAACUGUAACCAAUGCAUGUGCAUGUUACAGUAGAGUUGUAAGUAUUAGUUUACAAAAAAUAGGAUCCAUAGCAGACAAUAUUUUGUGUAAGUAACUCAUUAUACGUCUAAAAGUCAGACAGUAGUUUAUCCAACUGAGUAUUUACUGUACAAAAGAGAACUGGAAUUGUAAAAAUCCAUAUGGAAACUCUACUCUACUAGGUCUACUACUAUGCUACAACCUCCUUUUUUAUUAAACAUGGGGAAGGUGCAUCAUGGGACCUGUAUAAAGGCAAUAGAUUUAUGCCACACUAUCUUUACAAAAGAUCUUUUCCUUAUUUUUCUUACAUUUUACAGUCUUUCACAGCUACAGUCUUCUUUUGAUCUUUCACUAAAAUGAUUAACCUUUUGUGCAUUUCCAUUGAGUUGACAGUGAGCUCUGUACAAAGCCGGCACAGGUGCUGGAGGACUUGCAGUGCAUUUCAUUAGAGUUCCAUUUGGGUUUUACACCUGUUCCACCAUUAUUGCGUGGCUAUUUGUGGGUCGGAGGAUGAAUCUUGCCAUAGUAAAGGGAAUUGAUCAUCCUGAAAGAAAAGAGAAGUGUGUGUGUGUGUGUGUGUAUGGGUGUAUGGGGUGGGGGCCUGACUGGCUUUGUACCUUCAGUGUGGAAGUGGCGGGGGCGACCUAAUACCUCCUGAACUGAAUAGGUUGCCCAGGAGAUGUACUGCUGGAUGAGUCUGUUCUUUUAACCCUGCUGUAAUCCUCACAGCAAGGAUCCGCACACUCUUAUUCUGGGCCAUUAAAUGCAGUUUUGCCCUGAAAAAGGGCUCUAUUUGGGCUGUUUUCAAAUAACACUGAAUAUCAUUUCAAGAUCGGACUUGUAUAUCAUUUCAUAAGUUGGUGUUUAAGCACUGAAUUGUUUUUUCUUUUUUUUUUUUUCUUUCUUUACUUGACAUGCCUUGAUAGUUUAAAACAUGAUAUAGAACAGUGUGGGGAGGGAUCAGAUGGAGCCUCACAAACCUAACAGGAUAUCCUGUAUAUGUACCCACAGAAUUGUUUGUUGAAUGUAAUCUCCUGAAUGCAAACCGAACUCUCUCAUUGUAUGGAUGAAGCUGCUUGCUUCACGCAUUGGCUUAAAUAUUGCGGUGUCUGCAUAUCCUUGCUAGACGUAGCUGACCGAAGCUCACUGGUUGUGCUCCCUGUAGUUUGUGACGUUUUAUUUAUUUAUGUAUUUAUUUUUGCUAUUUAUUUGCCGUCUUCCACCGAUACGCUUGAAAUGCAGUCAGAAUAAUGUUCACAAUGGAGCUUUGAUGAUGGAUGUCAUGAGAGGACGGCGUAGAUGAGCUGAGAGUUGGAACGAACCGGACGCACUCAUCAGCAGGUCAGCUCUGACCACUUGGAACACUAGCAUGCUUACUUCUACAGAAAACAAACAAACAAACAAACAAACAAGCAAACAAAACAAAAAAACAGCCAUCUGCAAAAUAUCAGGGAUUUCUGUACCAUUUGCCUCUCCUGACACCUUCAAGAAAAUCUCAGCCUUAACUGUCAUUUUAUAGCUAUGGCUACUGUAAAGUGUGUGUGCGUGUGUGUCUUCGUUUUUUUUUUCUUACUUCCUACAAAUGGGAAAUGAAAGUCAAUUUUCCUGCUGUUUGUUUUUAAUUUAGAGGAGAUUAAAACAGAGAGUUAUACUGUCCCCGUAUCUAUUUACUGUGUAGCACACAGCCGUGUGUGGCUCCUCAUCCACUUGGUUCUAUGAUUUUGAUUUGUGUAGAAUAUUAUGUGCGGAAGACCUGUCACCACAUCUAACACUCUCCCCCUUUGCAUCCAUUUACAGUAUGUGCUACACCUGAAAAAAAAAGAAAAAAAAAAAAAACUCUCAAGUUGUCAAAAUACAUGAAUAAAGCUCCUUUUGUUUUA